GUCUUCAAUCGUGUUUAUGCUGCCAACGGCUCUGGACGCAAUUACAAAACAUACGUGUCGAUUUAAUUCAAGUGUUGUACAAAUUUCAAGCAAAAUAAAAACAAAAACAAAUAUUUUGAAAAUUGUCUACUAAAAUCAAGAAUAAAGUGCACUUUUCAUUAAAACGCAAUUCUUUUGUGUGGUAAAUUUAUUUUACUUAUAUAAAAUAUUGCAAUAUUCGUGUGUUUGGAGCGUCAAUUUCCUUUUGCAGUAACAGCAGCAACAACAACAACAACAACGCCCAUAUAACUCGACCGCCCACACAAGCAAUUGCGACGAAUUUUUAGCGAGAGUAACAGCGCAAAUCAAAGCGAGACAUAUUUUUGCAUUCUUUUGUGAAAUUUUAACUGCAACUGCAACAACAAAAACAACAGCAACAAGAUGUUCAGCUCAUUCACAGCAUCCCUCAAGAGCUUGGGCGACAAGACCGCCAACCUCUUCAGCCGCAAGAAGGAAGAUGUUGAGAAAUUGGCCAAAGAGAAAGCCGACAAUGCCGCCAAAAUGGCUGAGGAGCAGGCUAAGGCUGUAGGACAAUCGGUGCAACAGACCAAGAGUGAGGCAGAAAACUUGGCGGCCAGUACUGCCAAGGAAGCCGCCGAAUUGGCUGCUGCUGAAGCUCAAAAGGCCGGUCAAGCUGUUAACGCCGGCGUAAGCCAAGCUCAAGCCGCUGUUGAGAACUCGAAACAAGCCAUCGAUAACACUGUUCAACAAGCGAAUGCUGUUGCAGCAAAUGCCAAGCAAGUCGCCGCCAAUGUGGCUGAGGCAUCACAGAAGGCUGCUGCCAACGCCGUCGAUCAGACCAAGAAGGCUGCCAACGAUGCGAUCAACAAGAGCGUCAAGGCUGCCGAACAAACAGUCGAUACAAAAAUGAAGGAAGCCGAGCAAGCUAUUGAUGGCGCUGUAAAGCAAACCAGUCAAGUGGUCGACCAAAAGAUGAACGAGGCCAACCAAUAUGUCAGUCAUAAGCGCGAGGACUUGGAGAAGACCAUACACGAUGGCGCCGUGAACGCACAAGAGUCAGCUGGCAAUCAGGCCGCCAAUCUGCUCGGCAAAUUGAACCUCGGCAAGUAGAGCGGAGUGCAAACACUUUAUUUUUUAUACGACGGCAAGCAGGAAGGAGCACGAUGAGAACGAGUUGACAGUGCGGAGUGUUGGAGAGAAGGCGUUAGAAGUUUAGUUAUAUAAUUUGUAAUAUGUGGCAGUUAUUAAUUAAGCAGAAGAAAGAAAAUGAAGAAAAUAUAAAUUAUAUAUUGUAUAAGAAGAAUGUCCGCUACUUACAAGCAAGCACUAAAAAGCAACAAAAAUUAUUGAAAAUAAGCGUAAAGGCAAAAACUAACAAGCUCAAUUAAAAUUUGUUGAAGAACGCGCUUAAAUAGUUAGAAACAUAAAGAGCUUGAGUAAUGAAGGAUAUUUGGAUUUUUUUGCAAAGAAAAUGGAAGGUAAUCAAGUAACAAGUGCCAGUUUUGUGAUCGAAAAGUCGAAAGAUAAUUUUCAAAAAAUGCCUGCAUAGUUAAAAAUAUAUGGAAACAUGCAUAUUUACCGUUAUACAACUAGUGAACAGGAACAGUAUGGAUUUCAUGAAACUAUUUACAAGAAUAAAAAAUAUAUAGAUAUACUCAACAUGGUAACACUAAAAAAUGGGAAUUAUAUACAUACAUAAAUACAACAAGCACUGCUCCUUAAUUAGCAAUUCUUAAAAAAUUAAAAAAAAAUAGUUAUGGAAAAUUUGAAAUUUUAAAUGUGCGAAAGCUAAGCUGUCCAUUUAUAUGUACGUGUGUAGGUCGAGUAAUAUUAAAAAAAAAAAUUUGAAAACUAAAUAUUUUUGAAGCUAAAAAAUUAUUAUUUUAGAAAGAUAUUUUAGUAUUUUUGAUAAACAAAUUUCUAAAAAUUUGCGAAAUUUUUUUUUUCGAAAAGCGUUUGCAUUAAAUGUGAAUCUCUAAAGUUAUACACAUAAACUCCCACGAAUCUCAAAAAUCUUGAAAAAUGCUUGAACAUAGUGAAAAUACUCUA